UUAUUCACGUUGGUUGUUUGUGUCUAGCUUGAAGAAACCAUGGCAGCUCCCAGUCAAUCCAGGAAAUUGCGCAUCAUCGAUCACAGGACUGGGCUCACAUACGAGAUGGAUGUAUGUGAGCGAGGCUGUCUCAAGAGUUCUGACUUCUCCAAGAUCAAGGCUGGCGGAGAUGGCAAGGGAUUGAAGCUGUAUGAUCCGGGAUUUGUGCAUACAGCUCCCGUGAAGUCCACCAUUGCAUUCAUUGAUGGGAGGAAUGGGAUUUUGAGAUACAGAGGAUACCCCGUGGAAGAGCUUGCGGAGAGAAGCACAUACUUGGAGGUGGCAUAUUUACUGUGUAAGGGGAAUCUCCCCACGAAGUCCCAGCUUUCUGAAUGGGAAGCUGCAAUCCAAAGGCAGUCCUCAAUGCCAGAAGAGCUUCUGGCCCUUAUUGGCGCUCUUCCUCGAGAUUCUCAUCCAAAGCAAAACUUUGCCACGGCCUUGUAUGCCCUCAUUUCAUUCAAUCCAGAUGCAAAUCCUCUAGUAGCGGGACAUGAUCUGUACAAAACAGAAGCUGCACAAAACCUGCACAUUAUUCGUAUAAUGGGAAAGGCUGCUAGCUUGGCAGGCGCAAUCUACGUUCAUAUGGAGGGUCAAAAGCCCAUUCAAAAUCCGAACAACAGUCUCAAUUUUUCUGAAAUGAUUCUUUAUAUGUUCCAGUCAAUGGGAGAUCAGGACUUCAAGCCAAAUCCCGCACUUGCAAAAGCUUUGGAUGUGAUUUUUGUAAUAUUGGCUGAGCAUGAACUUGGUACAGCAACGGCAGCAACUUUACACCUUGCAUCAAGCAGUGGAGUGGAUGUUUAUACAGCAAUUGCUGGAGGCACUAGUGCAUUAUCAGGGCCCAAUGAUAUAGGGGCUGUUGAGGCUGUUUUGGACAUGCUCAAUGAAAUUGGAAGCAUUGAGAAUGUUGCAUUCUACAUAGAAGAAGCCAAGAAAAGUAACACCAAACUACCUGGAAUUGGCCACCGUGUAUACAAGACAUAUGAUCCUCGAGCGAAGCUCAUUCAAAAGCUAGCAGAAGAGGUUUAUGACGUGGUUGGCAAGGAUCCCCUGGUAGAGGUUGCAGCUGCAUUGGAGAAUGCCAUUAUUGCCGAUGAGUAUUUUAUAAACAGAAAACUGUAUCCUAAUGCCACCUUUCACUUGGGCCUCUUGCUUAGGGCUCUUGGCUUUCCUAAACAAUUUUUUGUGGUUCUUGUCUCUAUUGCCCGAAUUGCUGGUCAGUUGGCACACUGGAAAGAGUCUAUGAAUGACCCGUCAACUAGGCUGAUGAGGCCACAACAGUGGUACACUGGGCAAAGGCUUCGCCAUUAUUCAAAGUAAUUAUUUGUUUAAAAAAUUUGGAACAUGUGCUUGACAUGUCUUGGAAUUUACCCCGGUGGUGAAAGAAGAAGAAGAGUUUAAAGUCUCAGCAGCGCCCAGUGGGGCAUGGGACUUGUUGCAUGGCAACGACGACAAAGGCGUGCCUUUCGGACUCCUACUUCGCUGGAAGUGACGGGCUGUUAUCCUUGUUGUGUUGGCGUGUCGGUCAGGAAAGCAAAGAAAUUUCCCGGUGAGUGAAUAAAUAAACAGACAAGAUAAGGGUUUCUUAA